UAUUUUAUUUUGUUAUUUUUUAAUGAACAGAUUUUUUUUCGUAAAUUUUGUCAGGUUAUAUCAUGCGAAUUCUUCCGAUGAGAUUGCAAAUUUAAUAAAGCAAUAAAUUAAUUGUGAUUGCUGACCAAUCAAUCAACGUGUGACGCCAUAUGAAAAUUGCUAUAACGCGCAUUGGAAACUGCAACUUUACGAACAUUUGUGAAUAUACGAGAUUCUUCGACAUAUAAGCAAAAUUUGGAAUACGAGAUUAUAGCAGAGAUCUCUUUGGUUAUGCCGAUAAAUUAAUCAUGAGUUCGAAUGGUAUAAAAUUAUUGAAGAAAGCAGACCCGUUUCCGCAAGGAGCUCGUUGUCAAAAGUGCCUGGAAAGGGGACACUGGACUUACGAAUGUAAGGGCAAGAGGAAACAUCUGCACAGAUCUUCUCGCACUUCACAAUUGAAGAAGGCUUUGCAACAGCAACAAGAUGGCAAUACUCAAGUGCCAAAUAAGGAAACAAAGAAUCAUGUCAGAAAGAAAAUGAAGAUGGAAGAAUCCAGCAGUUCGAGCGAUUCAAGUUCUUCUAGCAGUGAAGAUUCUAGUAGUAGUGAAAGUAGUAGUAGCAGUUCUUCAUCAGAUAGCGAAUCAGACUCUAGCGACAGUGUAUCUAGUAGCAGUAGUAGUAAUAGUCUUAGUAGUAGCAGUUAUACUCCAUAAGAAAUAGCAUAAAUCACGCAAUAAACCAAGAAGAAAUUCCCUUCUGGCUAUUUUGUCAUGAUAUAUUUUUUUAUACAAUAGUUAUUGUUCACCUCAAAAUCAUUUUAUUACCUAAUAAGUUUGAUUUGAAAAAAAAUUAAAACAAGAAACAUGCAAAACUGUGAGAAAUUUUUAUCUGUUGAGCAAAUAUGUAACACAUAAAAUUAAAUUCAGGAUGGAAAUGGGCUAUUAAGAGCCAGAUAUAGAAAUUAAUCAAUACUUACUAGUAUUGAUUGUCUUAUAUAUUAAGACCAGAUCUGCUGAUGAUGGUCUGCAAAGGAAGAAUUAAAACAAAUUAAAUAAAGAAGAAAUGAAAAACAAGUUUGUUGCAUAUGGUUCUUAUUAGUUUGCUUCCAUUCUAAAUUUAUAUUUAUAUAUCAGAGCCUUUUUAUUUUUUAUUAUUGUAACAUUAAAUAUUUUUUCCUCGAUUCAAUCUAUGUAAAAUGUAGUUAAAAUGAAAUCUUUUCGGUAACUUUUAAUUGCAUAAUACUAUCACAUUAAUGAUUUGUGAUACUAAUGUAAAAUCCAUUUUUAUAUGUUUUAUAUGUUUUGGAAUACAUAUGUAUUAUCUUUGUAUAGGUAUAAUAUAUGUACUGAGUAUAGCUUAUAUUAUUUUUUUAUUAUAAGGUACAAAUAAAUUUUAUUGUAUUACAUUAGCAUUUAUCGUGUUAUUUCAUAAAACUUAAAAAAUUUGAUAUUGAAUGUAAUUAUGAAAAUCUAUCACUAGUUAUAUAGAAUAGAAUUUAAAUAUAGUGCAUUAUUUUUGCUACUAUUGCUUAAAUAUAACAGAAUAACGUUUGAGUUUAUUACGAGAAUAAUUUAAUGUAUUUAACGACAGAACAUCGCAGUAAUCAUAUGUAACAAUGUUCAACAAUAACAUAGAAAAGUAAUAUAGGAAGAUAAUUAUUAUUGUAUUUUAAGUAUUUCAAUGUAAUAUACAAAUUUUA